AUGGCACGUUGGACAUUAGAUGGUUUAUCAGAUGGUGCUAUUUAUGCCGUUGAAGGAAUCGCGGCUGUUUUUAAAAACCCCAACAUUCGACAGCAACGAUUUAUAAAAAUAUUCAUAUACCUUUCUGUCAUCUCGUUCAUUUUCAUCGGUCUCACCAAUGUGCUGGUCACUAUCCCGUUCACCUUGUAUAAGGUAUUCUUAUGGAUUUUUGGUAAUGAAACUAAAGCGAACCAAGCGGACGAAGCAUUAGAUUCAGCCAAUAACAUCAUUCGUGAGGCCGUUAAAGCACUACCACUAUUCGCUAUCUUACUCAUGCAGCAUGUCUAUCCUAAACCACUGGAUGAUUUAUUUAUGGAAACACUAAGAUAUACAGAUACACUUCAUCCUGAAAGACCACCUUACCAUCCAGCACUGGUGCAUUUAAGACCGAAAAAGCGAUAUUGGGCCGAAAUGAAAGAUUAUAUUAAGAGAACUUGGAUAAAGCUAAGACUGGGCUCUAUUGUAGUAUUACUAUCAUUACUCCCAGUUGUUGGCAAGUUUGUAUUUCCUGCUGCUGGUGCCUACACAACUUAUAAAGCUUUGGGUAAAACACAAGGUAUUGCAGUAGGCAUUUGCUUUUGCUUCCUUCCUCGAUGGUCAGUUGUCAGACUUUCACGCGCUCUCAUCAGCAUGCGGUCACUUAUGCGAGAGUUACUGACUCCUUAUUUCGCCCGAAUGCAAAUGACACAUAGAGAAAGGCGUCGAUGGUUCAGUGGACGUAAAGAUGUAUUAUGGGGCUUUUCUUUCAUAGCUUACGUGAUCGUCAACUUGCCUAUUGUUGGAUUCAUUGGCUAUGGAAUUGCUCAGGCAGCGUCGGCUUAUAUGCUGACGGUUGUCACUGAUCCUCCAUCAGCCGAAAUGAUUGAAGAAAAAAGUAAGAGCCGUGCACGAAAAUUGGUGACAGAAGCCAUUCCCAACAAGAAUGGCAAACUGAACUAA